UGGCCUGGGUCUCCCACUGCUUGGCCGAGUUGCGGACGUGGUUGAGAACCAACUGGUUGAGGCUCCAUCCGGACAAGGCGGAAGUGAUGCUGCCUUCUGUUGAGUCUUCAAGCCCAGGCGGUUCAGCAACAUCAGAUGACCAUGAAUUUGACCCAUCAGCUGACAUGCUGGUUCAUGACUUUGAUGAUGAACGGACAUUAGAAGAGGAAGAAAUGAUGGAAGGAGAAACAAAUUUCAGCUCUGAAAUAGAGGAUCUCGCAAGGGAAGGAGAUAUGCCAAUUCAUGAGCUACUUAGCCUUUAUGGCUACGAUAAUACUGUCCCAGUACCUGAGGAAGAUGAGGAGGAAGAAGAGGAAGAGGAAGGUGAAGAUGAAGAAGAUGAUGUGGAUAACGAUGACAAUAGUGGAUGUAGUGCAGAAAACAAAGAGGAGACCACAAAGGACUCUUCGGGCCAAGAGGAUGAAACUCAGUCCUCCAAUGAUGACCCAGUUCAAUCUGUUGCUUCACAAGAUGCCCAGGAGAUAAUCCGUCCACGCCGAUGUAAAUAUUUUGAUACAAACAGUGAAAUAGAAGAAGAAUCUGAAGAAGACGAAGAUUACAUUCCAUCGGAAGACUGGAAAAAGGAAAUUAUGGUGGGUUCCAUGUUUCAAGCUGAAAUUCCAGUUGGCAUCUGUAAAUACAAGGAGAAUGAAAAAGUAUAUGAAAACGAUGAUCAGCUACUCUGGAACCCUGAUUUCUUGUUCGAAGAAAAGGUGAUUGAAUUUCUCAACGAAGCCUCCAGGAGAACAGGAGACGAGAAAGGUCUGGAGGCAAUUCCUGAAGGCUCUCAUAUCAAAGAUAACGAACAGGCACUAUAUGAAUUGGUUAAGUGCAAUUUUGAUACAGAAGAAGCACUGAGAAGAUUAAGAUUUAACGUAAAAGCAGCGAGAGAGGAACUUUCUGUCUGGACAGAGGAAGAAUGUAGGAAUUUUGAGCAGGGAUUAAAGGCAUAUGGAAAAGAUUUCCAUUUGAUCCAGGCUAAUAAGGUCCGAACGAGGUCAGUUGGGGAGUGUGUUGCGUUCUACUACAUGUGGAAAAAAUCUGAACGUUAUGAUUUUUUUGCUCAGCAAACACGAUUUGGAAAAAAGAAAUACAACCUUCACCCCGGUGUAACGGAUUACAUGGACCGGCUCUUAGACGAAAGCGAGAGCGCCGCUUCUAGCCGAGCCCCGUCCCCUCCUCCCACGGCCUCGAACAGUAGCACCAGCCAGUCGGAGAAAGAAGACGGCACCACAAGCAACAGCAAUCAGAACGGUGUCUCCUCCAACGGGCCAGGCGAAACGUCGAGCAAAGAUGAUGGAAAAGCAGAAGGCCCGCACAUCAACGGACCGACGGGUGGCCCCAAGAAGCCCCUUCACCCGGACACCGACACAAAUGGUUACGAGACAGAGAACCUGACCAGCGACCCCAAACUCGCGUACGUGACUGUCAGGAACGAGCCGGAUUUUGAAGACAAGCACGAGAGACCUGCCAAGAGGCGCAGGGUUAGCAGCAAUGGAAAAGAGAGUCCGGGUUCCUCCGAAUUUUUCCAGGAUGCGGCCCCCCACGGGAAAUUGGAAGAGCUGGAAAGCAGAGAUGACUAAAAACAGAGAGCCUUUUUUUUUUUUCCUUUCUUCCUCAGAGUAAAUUCUGUUGAGAGAAUUUUCAGGGUUAAUGGGUUACCUUAAGAAAUCGAUUUCCUUAAAGCCGUCAAAGCGAGAGGUUUUGUUUCUUUCAUGUGAUUCUGGGGUUCACGUGACAGUAGCGGUACUGCCCAUUUUGAACUUAGGUGAUUUUUCAAGGCCCUCUUAAAGCUACUAGAGAAAGUCUCUAGUGACUUGGAAUGAAUCCCAUUCCUAGGCUGAUUCCUCAUUACCGCGUUUGCGAGGGAAGGGGGAGUUGGUUAUUGGUUUUUUGUUUUUUUUUCUAUGAAGAACGCUUCAUUCAGAUUCCUGCCUCAUCAUUGUUUCUGGUGUUUCUUUAAAAUGCCUCGGAGAUUUGAGACUCUGGAGACGAGCAGUCGCCACUUUUCUCCCUACACGUCCUGGAUAUCAGAUGGUUAAGGAAAGCCCGGUAAAUCCUGAAAGUGAUGCGAGCACGAUUUUUAUAUAUAGAAGUUUAAAAACUAAACCAAGUCAGGUUUGUCUAUGUAAAAUUGUUGACAUCAAUGAUGUCUUUCCAUAUUCUUAUCUGGGCUUAAGAAAUACGUUCUGUAUUUUUCCAGAUUUCUUUGUAGCCUUUGAAAGAUUUUUACAGUACUUAUGUCUUGAUUGCGCUGUCCUUUCAUAAUACAAAAGCUUGUAUAAUUUUCUUAACUUGUACAGUUGGUAAACUUUUAUGGGAAUUGAUAUUCGAGUCUGUCAGCUUCAUUUUAUUUUGCUGAAAGUCUUUUUCUAAUGGAUUCUUAUGUUUGUGUAGUACCUGAGUCAUGGUUAUGGCAUUCACAUAGAACUGUGAGAAACUGGUUUUUCAGAUUUAUACUUUCUAGCUGGAGAAAGUUAUGCAUGACACUUGCAUUGCACACACUUUUUUGCAUCGGUUAGACAGUUUCAGAUUUAUUUUUAAAGCGAAACAAGAAGCUUAAUGUGGGUUAAGUGCUUACAUUUACUAAACCUUAUUGGCCAGACUCCUGCUCAAUUUAUUUUUAUAUACACACACACAUAUAUAUAUAUAUAUAUAUAUAUGAUAGCUAUAUAUAUAUAAAAUAUACACUUCUUUGCAUCUAAAGGAGCACAGCGGGCAAGCGGUGAAGUGAUUUUGGUUGCCAGAAGGAGGGGAGUGUGCACACAGUCCACGGCCUCCCUGAAAUAUUCUGCCAGCGACGAGAAAGGAUCGGUCACUUUUGGAUGGGGAGAGGGAGGCUAAAGAAGCUUUAAAGCUUUUGUACCUUCAGGGUGACAAUUUUUAAUUCUCAAAGCUUUGAGUCACAGAACCCAAGUCAGAUCUAAAACAGGACAAGCGUAACAUGAGUAGCUAUCAAGCUCGUGUGUUUUUUUUUACAGGCUUACACAAAUAUUUUUAUCCCGACGAAUAAUUCUUGAUUUCCGAUUUCACCUGCUUGCAAGGCGAAGCGUGGUUAUUUGACUGUCUGUUAGGGGCUGAGCCAGUUACAAGGUGAACAAUUAAAACAAGGGCCCUUGUCCUUUGACUUUUGGCGAAGCACACUGGUGUCAGAAGGUACGGUCUCCGGUAGUAUAACCUCAAAUGCGUUCUCCACCAAUUCGGUGGUAGCGUACGCUCCCGCGCAAGAAGCGCUCAGUAUAUGCCACCGAUCGGUCCGUUCGCCGCAGCAGUGUGAACCUUUUUAAUUUUGCAAAACAGUGUUUAAGGUCAGCUGUUAAAAGCUGUUUCAGACGAUGGACGAUUCACCGCUUCUCCAUGUGAUGCUAAGAAGCCACGGCUGGCGAGUGGUAGUGGGGCAGUACAGGGAGAAGCCCCCUUAGUCCAUCCUGACUGAGCUCUAGGAAAGUUGACCUCAUCCAGCGUGAACCCGAGAAAAGGUUCCCAACAUAGGAUGGGGCCGUGCUCUUAAAACCAUUGCACCGCUAAGCUGAGAUCUCGCUUUUUUUCCUGAAUUUCGUUGCGUUUUGUGAAUGCUUGCAAACCACUUUUCUAGAAAAGUUUGUAAGCCAAGUCUUCUCAGGCCCGUUGGCAUGUGUGGCGUGGCACACACGGCGGAAGUAUUGCUUUUUUUUUUAAUCUCGCCUUCUAAGGCUUGCCUAAAGGAAACGAAAAGACAUUCCGUAAUGGGUUUUCGUGGGUCACGCUCGGCUUUUCUUUACAGUAUAUUCCACUGCAUUUUGCCUAUGCAGGUAUUUUACCCGGUGUCCGAAACGCAGCCGCUCUAACUUGGUGAGUCAUUGCACUACUAGUAUUUUCCAGGUUUUUAAGAAGUCUGUGUAGAGAAUCGGCUGGGGAUUUGUUCGUUUUUGGAACCAAACGGGUCCCGGCCCGGCUUCUGAGACCGUGCGCUGUUGGAGCGAGGCCUCCGAUGCCGUUCUUCAGAAGCAGCGCCCCGUUUCCUGGCGUCCUCUCCCAUCGGAGGCAGGAGCUUCCCGGGAACCCUGCUGUCGCGCUUUGGAAAUGACGACAGAGGAAGCCUAAGUGUGUUGGAAGUACUAAUUAGGUUUUCCAAACUUUUCUCACGCAGAGUAAUUUUGCACUGUAAUUACCUUCUGUUCCUUCCGCACCCCCUGUCUGCGAUUCCGAAGAAGCUAAUUAAAAUAUUUUUUUAAGCA